AACCAUACAUUUUCAUGUUAUAUUCAAUUUAAUUACUUUUAAAAUACGCGAUUGUAAGUGUGAAACGCUUUGUUUUUUUUUUUUUUUUUACGAAAAAGGAUACUUAAUGUUUACGGUAACGCUUGACUUGGUUAAACUUUUCGUGUGUACAAACCCUGAUUAAUUCAAGCAUUAYUAUUUUUUAUUUUUUCCAUCUCAACAUAUCUUAUAAAAUAUAUUAUUACUCUUCAGACAACGAAACAUAUUCAACGAAAAAAUUAUUUAGACAAUUUGAGUACGUGUAAUAUUUUUGUAGCCAUUUCUUAUAUUUUAUUCUAUACAUAUAUGUCACAAAAAUGUAUUUUAUUCUUGUUCACCGUGUACGCGCGUACAUUAUUAAUAAGCUAGAAAAGUUUAUACAAAUUUAAAAAAAAAAAAAACUUAGGGUUAAUUAUUAAUCGAGAAUUUUUCUAUACACCAAUUUGUAUAAUCCAUUAUUAUUAAUAUUAUUAUUAUUAUUAUUAUUAUUAUUAUCAUUAUUAUUAUUAUUCUAAUUAUAGAUGUUAUAUUAUACACAUAGUGUAAGAAAUCUGUGUCAAGUGUUGUCCUUAAUAGUAAUUUUAAAAUCCAAUGAACUAUAUUUUCUUUACUUAUGUAUGUAUGUAAUGUGUAUGAAUAUAUAAAAUAAUAUAAUAUGAUACAUUAUAUUCAUAUUUAUGUACGUACCUAAAUUUAGAUCUAACAAUUCAUAGUUAUAMAUUUAUAUAGUAACAAUCAUGUCUAGCUACUACAUCCUACAGACCAACUUAUUUUAAUUAUUUUAUUUUAUUUCAUACAAUACGAACAUUUGUUUGCACAUGUUGUAAUAUUCAAUGUGACAACUAUUUUUAUUUUUAUUUGUUAUACGUAAGUUAAGUUUAAAUUUAAAUAGUUUAGACAAUUAGUUUUUAAGGUUAGGAAAUGUUACGUUUCUUUUCUGCUCUGAGCGCUGUGUAUGGUUAACAGAUGAAUCAAAAACUAAAAUUUAUUUCAUUCUGAUGUCUCAAAAUAAUGUGUUUUUCUUUACUYACCUUCGAGAAAACCAUCCAAUAUGAUAAACAAAUACCUACUCUUUAUGAUGUUCUUGAUAAUAUGGUCGAUAAAUAUGAACAUCAUUACUAGUUAUUAUUUACCUGUGUAAUAAACUGAAUUAUAACUUAACAGAUUAUGAGAAUGAAAGCUUAAUGGUUAUCAACUAAACAUCUUAUAAUAAGAUAAAAAAUGGGGAAACAAAACAGCAAGUUAAAGCCAGAGGUCUUGGAAGACCUAAGACAAAAUACUGAAUUUUCUGAUGCGGAGAUCCAAGAAUGGUAUAAAGGGUUUUUAAAAGAUUGCCCAGGUGGUAAUUUAAGUGUUGAAGAAUUUAAGAAAAUUUAUGGGAACUUCUUUCCCUACGGUGAUGCAUCUAAAUUUGCAGAGCAUGUAUUUCGAACAUUUGAUGCCAACAGUGAUGGAACAAUAGAUUUCAGGGAAUUCCUUUGUGCUCUGUCAGUCACAUCUCGUGGAAAGUUGGAGCAGAAAUUGAAAUGGGCUUUCAGUAUGUACGACCUAGAUGGCAAUGGGUACAUCUCACGACAAGAGAUGUUGGAAAUUGUAACGGCCAUUUAUAAGAUGGUAGGCACUGUUAUGAAGAUGCCCGAGGAUGAAUCGACGCCAGAGAAGAGGACAGAUAAGAUUUUUAGGCAAAUGGACAAGAACAAUGAUGGCCGUCUAUCAUUGGAGGAGUUUAUUGAAGGUGCCAAAAGUGAUCCUUCUAUUGUUCGACUGUUGCAGUGUAAUCAUGCUGUCCAGUAGGGAUUUGCUAUGCAAAUUACACUGAAAUUACCUGCCUUUUAACUAAAGUUACAUAAUGUUUAGACUUCUCUCUUUUUUUUUUUGUCUUUAACUUUCGUUAAUUUUAAAUUCCUAAUGGAUUUUAUCAACCAAAAAGCUUCAAUCAAACAUCAAUACGUGUGCUCUAAUUUGUAAUGCUUAUGAAGUUUAUAAAAUCUAAUAUACAUUUUUUCCCCCAGACUUAUAAAUUUUUAAAAUCUGAAAAUUGCAUACUAUUUCAAUCAAUAAUAAAUAAUAAUACAUCACACAUACAUGUGGCGUUAAGAAACACGUGUUGAUGAUUUAAGAUUAAACAAAUUUAUUGUUUUUACUGUGAUAUAAUAUUCUUAACAUUUUUUCAAUUUUGAUCUUCUUUUUCAAUACAAUGUAUUAUUAUUAUCGUUGUAUUCAUUGGACAAGAAUAUUUUACUAUCCUAUUAAAUUUUUUUUGUUUUCCUAAAAAUAAUAAUAUUUAGUUGUAAUUUGUGCUUGUAUUAUUUAAAUCUAGAGAUGUGUGAUAAUUUUAAGACCGAAUCCCAAAUUUACACUUAAAUUUUGGAAUUUUAUAUUUAUAAUACGUAAAAAACAAAGGAAUAUAGAAAAAUAUAAAGUCACACAUCUCU